UUCCGCCUACAAAUAUCAACAGAUUAUGUUUGGGAGCUCAGAGUCCGAGAGGAGUGAGGAUGUAGGUCCUGUCUAUGUUCGUGAAAAAGGACAACUUUCCCUCCUGGGAUCACAAAAGGUUGUGCCAAAGACUCGGCCUUAUGGUCUUUUCUCUAGAGGAUUCUCAGUGAAGUUGUGUGUAAAGCAGGAGGACACCUGCAGACAUAAACGGGAACCCUUCAUCUUCACUUACACGGAUCAGGGGAGUCUGCGUUACUCUGCCAAGUCCCUUUUUACUUUAGCACUCGAUCUCAUUGCUGAUAACGUUCAACAUGUGGACUCUCUGGUGGGAUUUCCUGAGCAGAUUGCAGAGAAACUGUUUACUGCAGCAGAAGCCAGGCACAAAUUCUACUCACCCAGCUGUGGCUUGUUGGCCCUGCGCAAGUUCACUGAGGCUUAUGAUGACCUGGUACUGUCUUCACUGUGUCUGAGAGGCAGGUAUCUGCUUGUUUCUGAACGGCUGGAAGAGAUUAAAUCUUUCCAGAGCCUGCAUUGCCUGGACUUGUCCUGCUGUAAACUGGGGGAUGAACAUGAGCUGCUUGGACACUUGACCACACUUACCAGCUUGACUGAAUUGUUCCUAAAGGAUAACUGCUUGUCUGAUGCUGGGCUCCGGAAGAUGACUGCCCCAAUGCGAGUCCUACACCGUGGGCCUGAACAUCUUACUCUGCUGGAUGUGUCCUGUAACCCGAAUGUAACCGACCUGGGAGUAUCAUUUCUUUUUGUGUUUAAACAUCUUCUUUUCUUGGAUAUUUCUGAGACCGGCAUAAAGGAUCCCAGAAUUACUGCACAGAAGAUCUGCACACGCACUGGAUUACUUCAGUCUCAGGGUCUCACCAAGUUUGCUCAUGCAGAAUGCAGGACACAGGGCUGGGCUGAGCAGCUAGUGAACUACUGGGAAUCCAAAGUAACAUCAGCGGUUAAACCCAAGGAUGGUAUAAAAUUCCGAAGAGCGGCACAGCAGUUCUAUGGAAAAGAAAUGAGACCUCCAGUGCAGAACUCGGAAAUCUCCACCUUCCCAGAUCUCAAGACUCCGAAGAACAAGCUGCUGCAGUUUUAUAGACCAGAUAAUUCCUGCUUCCCUAAAUCUAACAUAACACUUAGCGCACUAAAGAGAGCAUCAAACAACCAAACGCCUGAAAUUAGUGCACCUGCUCCCUCUUCAAAGCGUCAGCGUGUGACCCUCACUGUUGCAGACUGGGACCUACUGAAUAAAUACUGAGUAUCAGAGGCAUGUGCAGCGACUGUGCCAAGCAGUACCCAGCAAAGUGCCAUUAAGUAUAAAUGAAUGGUCUAUUUAUUUUCUACACAUUUUGUAAUGACAUGACAUAUGUUUUAAUAGAAGAUUUAAUUCAAUUUUGUAAAGGUGAACACAGUAAAGUUUUGUAUGAAAA